AUGGAAAUGAUGAGUCAGUUUCCAGAGUUGAAUCCAGGAGCUUUAGAUUCCUCAAACUUUACGAAUGUGCAGCCUUCAAUGGGAUUUUCUUUCCAUGAAAGAUCCCAUCUGUUCUCUGCAUAUGAUCAUACCCUUCAUGAAGGCAAGAAAAGGAAAUUAACAGACACCCCGGAAAGUAGUUCAGCUAAUUCAUCUGCUCAAAUCUCCGAAAAUGGAAGCAGAACAAAAAAUUGUUCACAGAUUACAGGAAAAGGAAAAAGGAUAAGAAGCAAUAGGAAGGACGAAGAGAAACCAAAAGAAGUGGUACAUGUUAGAGCUAAAAGAGGCCAAGCUACCGAUAGUCACAGUUUAGCAGAAAGGGUCAGAAGAGGAAAAAUCAAUGAGAGGCUUAGGUGCUUGCAAGACAUUGUUCCAGGCUGCCACAAGACAAUGGGCAUGGCAGUGAUGUUGGAUGAGAUAAUUAAUUACGUGCAGUCCUUACAAAAUCAAGUUGAAUUUUUGUCCAUGAAGCUUACAGCAGCAAGCAACUUCUACGACUUCAACAGAGAAACAGACACCAUAGAUACACUCCAGAGAGCAAAGGCAUUUGAAGCAAUGAAGAUGCAAAAGCUAAUGAAGGAAGAGUUUGAUGGGGUUCCUUCCACUCAAGUUGGACCUCUUGACCAGACUUUUGGAUGUUAUCCUUCACUGCCAUUCAACACAUGAAGAUGUUCCAUGUUCCCUAAUCAAAUUUGUCCCACUUGUUAUAGCAAAUCCAAGAAAGGAGAAGAGGAUUGCCCCCACUUGAUUCUAUUCAAUUUUACACAAGCUGAUAUGAAAAUUAUACUUGCAUGAUCAUGCCUCCUCACAAAUGUAGCAAAUUAACCAAUAAUUAAUGAAGUGUACAAUCUCAUUUUUCUUA